GACAAGGUUCCUCACUCUAAGGACAAGGCUCAUCACGCUGAGGACAAGGUUCCUCACGCUGAGGACAAAGUUCCUCACGCUGAGGAAAAGGUUCCUCAAACUGAGGAGAAAGUACCUAACACUGAGGACAAGGUACCUCACACUGAGGACAAGGUUCCUCACUCUGAGAACAAGGGUCCUCACGCUGAAGGCAAAGUUUCGCACGCUGAAGACAAUGCUCGUCACGCUGAGGACAAGGUUCCUCACGCUGAGGACAAGGUUCCUCACGGUGAGGACAAGUUACCUCACACUUAGGACAAGGUACCUCAAGCUGAGGACAAAGUACCUCACACUGAGGAUUAGGUACCUCACACUGAGGACAAAGUUCCUCAUUCUGAGGACAAGGCUCGUCACGCUGAGGACAAGGUUCCUCACGCUGAGGACAAUGUUCCUCACGCUGAGGAAAAGGUUCCUCAAACUGAGGAGAAAGUACGUCACACUGAGGACAAGGUACCUCACACUGAGGACAAGGUUCCUCACGCUGAGGACAAGGCUUCUCACGCUGACAACAAGGUUCCUCACGCUGAGAACAAGGUUCCUCACGCUGAGGGCAAAGUUUCUCACGCUGAGGACAAGGUACCUCACACUGAGGACAAGGUACGUCACACCGAGGACAGGGUUCCUCACGCUGAGGACAAGGUACCUCUCACUAAGGACAAGGUACGUCACACUGAGGACAAGGUUCCUCACGCUGAGGACAAGGUUCCUCACGCUGAGGACAAGGCUUCUCACGCUGACAACAAGGUUCCUCACCCUGAGAACAAGUUUCCUCACGCUGAGGGCAAAGUUUCUCACGCUGAGGACAAGGCUCGUCACGCUGAGGACAAGGCUUCUCACGCUGACGACAAGGUUCCUCACGCUGAGAACAAGGUUCUUCACGCUGAGGGCAAAGUUUCUCACGCUGAGGACAAGGUACCUCAUACUGAGGACAAGGUACGUCACACCGAGGACAGGGUUCCUCACUCUGAGGACAAGGUACCUCUCACUAAGGACAAGGUACGUCACACUGAGGACAAGGUUCCUCACGCUGAGGACAAGGUUCCUCACGGUGAGGACAAGGUACCUCACACUUAGGACAAGGUACCUCAAGCUGGGGACAAAGUACCUCACACUGAGGAUUAGGUACCUCACACUGAGGACAAAGUUCCUCACUCUGAGGACAAGGCUCGUCACGCUGAGGACAAGGUUCCUCACGCUGAGGACAAUGUUCCUCACGCUGAGGAAAAGGUUCCUCAAACUGAGGAGAAAGUACGUCACACUGAGGACAAGGUACCUCACACUGAGGACAAGGUUCCUCACGCUGAGGACAAGGCUUCUCACGCUGACAACAAGGUUCCUCACGCUGAGAACAAGUUUCCUCACGCUGAGGGCAAAGUUUCUCAUGCUGAGGACAAGGCUCGUCACGCUGAGGACAAGGCUUCUCACGCUGACGACAAGGUUCCUCACGCUGAGAACAAGGUUACUCACGCUGAGGGCAAAGUUUCUCACGCUGAGGACAAGGUACCUCACACUGAGGACAAGGUACGUCACACCGAGGACAGGGUUCCUCACGCUGAGGACAAGGUUCCUCACGGUGAGGACAAGGUACCUCACACUUAGGACAAGGUACCUCAAGCUGGGGACAAAGUACCUCACACUGAGGAUUAGGUACCUCACACUGAGGACAAAGUUCCUCACUCUGAGGACAAGGCUCGUCACGCUGAGGACAAGGUUCCUCACGCUGAGGACAAUGUUCCUCACGCUGAGGAAAAGGUUCCUCAAACUGAGGAGAAAGUACGUCACACUGAGGAGAAGGUACCUCACACUGAGGACAAGGUUCCUCACGCUGAGGACAAGGCUUCUCACGCUGACGACAAGGUUCCUCACGCUGAGAACAAGGUUCCUUACGCUGAGGGCAAAGUUUCUCACGCUGAGGACAAGGUACCUCACACUGAGGACAAGGUACGUCACACCGAGGACAGGGUUCCUCACGCUGAGGACAAGGUACCUCUCACUGAGGACAAGGUACCUCACACUGAGGACAAGGUUCCUCACACUGAGGACAAGGUUCGUCACGGUGAGGACAAGGUACCUCACACUUAGGACAAGAUACCUCAAGCUGAGGACAAAGUACCUCACACUGAGGACUAGGUACCUCACACUGAGGACAAGGUUUCUCACUCUGAGGACAAGGCUCGUCACGCUGAGGACAAAGUUUCUCACGCUGAGGAAAAGGUUCCUCAAACUAAGGACAAAGUACCUCACACUGAGGACAAGGUACCUGACACUGAGGACAAGGUUCCUCACUCUGAGUGUAAGUGCACAUAAAUUUCUAUUGUCUCACAGAAUCGAUAUUAGGUAAGAUUUAUUCAGUAAAAAACAGACGUUGUUAACUCAAUCCACGUUCAGCAUUGUGGCCGUUUAAGAGUUCGCCAUCGCUGCUCGGUGUAUUCAGAUAGGUAACAAAAAACUAAAAUCAAAGAUAAAGAAAUACAUGCAUGCUAAAGUAUACUACAAAAAAUGUAAACAUGAAUGGACAGAGUAAUAAAUACACAAGUACGUACAUCUGUGUCCGUUUAAGGUGAAGCAAGUUCGUUUAACCUUUAACUCAACUUCGAUCGUUAUACUGUCACUUAUAACGUAAAUGAAACGCCUUCUGUUCGACUUCGUAUCGUAUGAUCAACUGACUAGUUAAUUUUCUAGCAAGUAUUAAAAGCCUUACAAAAUGUCCAAUGUCAAUCAUGCAUAACAAACUAUAAUUUGCAUAAUUAAUCAUUUAAUAAAUUUUAUACUUAAAUGCACUCGCCAUAACAUUCCCGGUCCCUAGACUUCGCAAGAAGUUUACACCAUUCACUGAUCUUCUUUAGCCAAUAAAAGUACAAUCUUUGAGAUUGGUCUUUUAUACACAGUUUCUUUCAUCUUCACCAUUACAGUCCUAAUGAAUCCUUGAGAAUCUGGUUCUGUGUCCACAACUAGGCCCAAGGGCCACAUAUUACGAGGUGUAUUCUUUUCAUUCAAAAUUACCACAUUUCCCGUCAUCAGGUUUCGCUUAGGUUGUUGCCAUUUGCUUCGGUUUUGCAGGGUAAGAAGUUACUCUUUCUUCCAUCUAGUCCAGAAUAGGUUUACCAGGUAUUGAACUCUUCGCCAACGACGAUGUAGGUAAACGUCGUUUUUCUGAAAAUUUCCAGGCGGAGGAAGUAUCACAGCAGACUUCGUUGUAA